GGAUUCGGAACUUCCGAUCUCGAGUGUGUGUUGUCGCAGGGAAGAUGUAACAGGGGGACAGUCUCUCGGAGUAAACAGUCGUUGGCGAAAGGGUGUAUGUAAAAUUCCUGCUAAAAUGAAUGCACACCAAGGCACUGUGAGCAGCGAUCCGGUUAUCUUAGCGACCGCUGGCUACGAUCACACCGUUCGCUUUUGGCAGGCACACAGUGGAAUUUGCACCCGGACUGUCCAGCACCAGGAUUCUCAAGUGAAUUCCCUAGAGAUAACUCCAGAUCGAAGUAUGAUAGCAGCAGCAGGUUACCAGCACAUUCGAAUGUAUGAUCUCAACUCGAAUAACCCCAACCCUGUGAUCAAUUAUGACGGCCUCAGCAAGAACAUCACUUCUGUGGGGUUUCAUGAGGAUGGCCACUUGAUGUACACAGGGGGGGAGGACUGCAUGGCCAGGAUCUGGGACUUAAGAUCACGGAACCUGCAGUGCAAACGGAUCUUUCAAGUCAACGCACCUAUUAACUGUGUCUGCUUACAUCCAAAUCAGGCAGAACUUAUUGUUGGUGACCAGAGUGGCGUUAUUCAUAUCUGGGAUCUUAAAACUGAUCAUAACGAACAGCUGAUUCCAGAGCCAGCGGUUUCAAUUAACUCGGUUCAUAUCGAUCCUGAUGCCAGCUAUAUGGCAGCUGUCAACAGCUCAGGAAACUGUUACGUGUGGAAUUUGACUGGAGGCAUUGGAGAGGAGGUGAUGCAGCUGAUUCCCAAGACAAAAAUACCAGCCCACAAACGAUACGCCCUCAGAUGUAAAUUUAGCCCAGAUUCUACACUCUUAGCUACUUGUUCUGCUGACCAGACCUGCAAGAUAUGGAGAACCUCCAACUUCUCUCUGAUGACAGAGCUGAGCAUCAAGAGCAGUAACCCUGGCGAGACGUCUCGUGGAUGGAUGUGGGACUGUGCCUUCUCUGGGGAUUCACAGUACAUUGUCACGGCCUCGUCAGAUAACCUGGCCAGGCUGUGGUGUGUGGAGACGGGCGAGAUCAAGAGAGAGUACAGCGGUCACCAGAAAGCUGUUGUGUGCCUGGCCUUUAACGACAGUGUCCUGGGGUGAGGAGACGGCUUCUUCACUGCUGGAUUUCAUCUGAGAAGGCUGACCUGUUUCUUUGUUUGUGUAUAUAUGCACACUUCCCCAGCAGUGAAAUAUGGACCUCGUUAUUAGCACAUUGUCUGCCAGGAACUGGUCAUUAUAUUUUGUUUGCUGGGACCCCUGAUGUGUUUCUGCUCGGUAAAUUUAGAAUAGUUUUUAUUUGUAAUUUUACCAGAACGGCAGAGGUAUCAGACAUUAAAGUGAACGUCAGGCCCUGUUCUACUACUUUAUUGAUGACUGGUGUGAUGCAUUAUAUGUAGGGCUUCUGAUUUUUUUUGGUUUUAACCGAUAAAAACUGAUAAAACACCCUGAUACAAUAAAUAAAUAAAGUCGGUGUAUAGCCAAUAAACACCGGAAAAAAACAUCGGAUAAACUGUGGAAAUGGUUACUCAAUUCACCCCUUUCCUA